ACAAAAAUAAACAUGUCUUUUGAGUAGAUGAAACGAACAAAAACAUGCUUUUUAACAUGUUCUUAAUUUUGUUUUUAUUGGCAUUGAUUUAAAAAUUCUACUAAGCUAUGUUAGGUUGACAGCCUCUGCUCUGUCCAUCAAUAUGUAAUAUAAGACAUUGUCGCCAUGUGUAUAAGUUCAGAGAAAAAUGCGCGCAUUGCCGUGUAUGUUCCUCUUUGCACUAUUAGAAGCCAGGGACUAUGACGAGAAGCCCCGAAGAGUUGAAGAUGAUGAAGAACCAUCACCGAUACAAAAGCAAACCGACAUCUACCCUCAGAAAUUUAAUGAACCAGUGCCUUUUGGACACCUCACUCUCGCGGGGUAUGGAGACCCAUACGCACAAGGCAAGCCUCCAAUAGACCUACUAGAAUUAGAAAUGAUCGUACCCAAAAACUCUGAGGAAGAACGAGAGUACUUAAAAAGGAAUAAAGCCAAUAUUCAGUUCUUAAGGAGUUUUGCACCAAAAGGUUUUACUAACCCAAGAGACAAGUAUCUUCGGAACAUGGAGGGAGAUAUACCGGGAGGACAGAAUAUAACGGAGCUGAAGUGGUACAGCCUGGCAGACAUGCAUAGAAGAAACUUGAUGACGCCAUCUGCGUCGAGAGGUAAACCGAAGGAAAACAAACAAACAAAAGACCGAUACAGGGGGUCCGCACUGCAGACCAACAGUUCCAAAGCCCAACACUUCUCUAGAGAAAAGUUUCAAUUGAAAGAACUUCAGGGAAAGACGACAAUUAACUUCACAACUUGUGACGAGUUCGCGGUCGGCGCUAUCUUUUCGCCGAAAGAUAUUAUAAACAUAGAUUGGGUGCCGUUCUAUAUUUGGUCCGUUGAAGGUUAUCCUGUGUCUAUAGUGCAUAGGUUUACGAUCCCAACGCAAAAGCUCGUUCGACAAUAUCGCAUGAAAUAUGGAAAGCUGUUGCCGAAGCCCGUAGAUUGGCAUCAAGUGAAGCUGUACAUGCAGGGUAUGAACAACAUGCUGCUGAUCGCCGCGGACAGGAGGGGACUGUUUGUAGCAAUACCAGAACAUGAUGUGCCGGACAAUGCAGUCGAAAAAAAUCUAAAACUGCCAUCGUUAAGCAUAAGACUGAAAAUUGAGGAUCCCUAUCUAGUCAUGAUGUACUGUGAAGAUUACUAUGCUGCUGUGAUGGCUAUAUCGGGAACUGAACCCACGAUCUUCAAGGAAAUGAAGGCUGAAGCUGCGACCAUUAAGUUCAGGGGUCCAGGGAAACCGACCUGGAGGGACAUCGAAGGUGAAAAUGAGAGGAGAAAAGAUGUUCAAAACAGAAAACUGGCUGAGGAACAAGCGAAGUAUAUUGAACCACUGGAGAAGAUUCCACCUGUUGGACAGUUUGAUUGAAACCUGUGUAGUCUUUAAGUAUUUCAUCACCAUCAUCAUCGACAUCAUCAUCACCACCAUUAUCACCACCACCAUCAC